GGUCUUUUCAAUGUUUUUAUUUUGUAAAAAUGUGGCGGUUCUUGUUUGUUCUUAAUAUUAAACAAGUUCAAUUUAAUAUUUGAGGAUGAAUGAUGAUUGGAAACGAUGGUGCCGUUUGUGUGCUGUUGAAUGUGAAAACAGCUAUAACAUAAUUGAAAAUGAAUUUUUUCUUCGAGAGAAGAUUUUGAAAUAUCUUUCAAUUGUGGUGGCCAGCGACGAUGAGCUGUCCCAGCAGGUGUGCAAGGAGUGCUCGCAGCGACUGUCGGCCUUCGACUCGUACGCGGAGAAGUGCCGUCGCGUGCAGGCCAUGUUCGAGCGGCUGGAGCAGCGAGGGCUGGAGGCCGACCUCAAGGUCGGGCACGUUCGGGAGCAGUACCUCCGGCAAGCAGUCCUAGGUGAUGAAAUUGACGCAAAGAAAGACGUAGAGAUGUUGGCAGUGGACGUAGACCCUUUCAUACCAUCCGACAGCAAUACGACCAUGGUCAGCACCAAGAGACGAGGCCGUCGCAAGCGGGGAGGGAAAGUGUUGGCAUUGAGCCGAAUUCGGAAAAGAAGGUCCACCAAAAAGCCAGCCGUUCAACUGUGGGAUUACGAUAAUGAAUGUGACAGGGAAUGCAGUCAUUUGGUUUCUUUCAGAGUAAGUACCAGGCUCCAGACUAUCACAAACAUGGAAAAAGAGAAUGCAGCACUGAUUGAGGUAGACAUCAAAAUUGAAUCUCAGGAAGAAAAUGUGGAGGAAUGCAGAGACCAUCUGGUGGAUGAUAAGAUCUUUUACAAGCAAAGGUGGAGAACUGAAAAUACAGUUGAUUCCAGCAACGAACUCAAGUCUGUGAGCCUGCUCCCUAAGAAACGAGGACGCCCACCAAAAGCGUUAGUUGGAGCAGCGAAGCGGAAAGCCAAAAUUCCAAGAAAUGUGAAGCCAAAACUUCACAAUGUGAACUCCAAUUGCAGCUCAAAACAUGCUGAAGAUAUUGUGGAAACCCAGCCUACGGCAGCCAACGUGGAGACAUCUAUGGAUGCGGACUGUGAGAAUAAAAUGGACAGUGAUUCCAAAAAAUGUGACCCGCUGGGGGACGACGAAAGCGACGGCAACAGCGGUCGGAACAAGCGUGCGGACACGGACGAGAAGAUGUGGGAUACAAAAAAAGGACGGAAGGUGGAAAUGAGCAAGCUGCCAUCCAUUUUCAGGUGGGACUGCCAUGUGUGUGGUCAGGUGUGCCCCAACUGGAACUCGCUGUCCAUUCACUGUCGCCGUGCCCACCAAGAGGCAGCACACGUGGUCUGCCUGUGCGCCAAAGUGCUGGCCAGUCGGGCCUCCAUCAUCAAACACAGGCUGAAACACACAAACGGCUACAAGUACAAGUGUGACAAGUGCGAGAAGGCCUUCCAUCGGCGAGCUCUGUUUGAAAUCCACCUGCUGUCCCACGUCCCGAAGGAGGAGCAGCCGUUUGUGUGCUGCAAGUGUGCCCGCAGGUUCCACUGCGAAGCCUUGCUGCGGCAACACGAGCGAGUGCACCUGCCCAAAGAGGAAAGACUGAUCAACCCGUGCGACAUCUGCGGCAAAAAGUUUAGCAGCAAGUCUGCAGUGUCUGCUCAUCUGAAAGCGGUCCAUUUUGGAGAGAGGCCGUUCGUGUGUGACCAGUGCGGGCACAGCUUUACGUCGAAAGGUAUUCUUCAAGAGCACUUAACCAUCCACAGUGAUGAGACACCAUUCAAGUGUACCAGCUGUAAGAAAAGUUUCAAGACCAAGUACCGCCUGAAAAUCCACGCAGACACACACCGUGAAACACCGUACCAGUGUCCAGUUUGCUCGUUGCAACUGAACACUCGCCGCACACUUCGCAUGCAUCUGGUAGUGCAUAGAGACACCAAGGCAUACCAGUGUGCCACCUGUGGGAAAGCAUUCAGGCGGGCAAAGGACCUCAAGAACCAUCAUAACCUUCACACAGGACGGCGACCAUACACAUGUACAUUUUGCCCUCGGACCUUUGCGAAUGGUUCAAACUGCCGUUCACAUAAGCGCAGAAUGCACCCAGAAGAAUUGCGAGCUUACGAAGCUAGUCUCGCAGCUGCGGAGAAUACAGAAAUGAAGUUUUCUUCAGCCGCUGAUGCCUCUGUGAACGUCGGCAGCUCUGGCAGUUUGUCGGGUCACACGGAACAGUCACUAGUGGAGUUGGACAUCGGUACAAAUGUGCCACAGCACAGUUCCUUGGAAUCUUUGUCGAAACCUUCUUCUGAUUUAAGCAUGCAAGAAAUGAACAUGUACAUGAAUCCUCUCCCGAUGAAAGUUAGUGUAGAAAGUCCACCCAUUUCUCAGGCUUCAAUGAAUCCUGCAAAUUCAGCCUCAAGCACUUAUCCUGACUAUCACAGAUCAUCAGAUCAUGAGGAGCUAUCUUGCACUUCAUUAAAUCAUAAUGCAAACUCUCAUACAUUAAAUAGGCCAUUGUCCUCUCACAUGACUUCAAUCUCAUCUCCUCUUUUGCGAGAAAGUGAAAACGUUAACUUACAAAACUCGCAGGCUCCUUCGAGAAAUGGUCAAAUGCCCCCUGGCGAUAUCUCCUGUAGCGUGGCUUCUAUCGCCUGCCACUCUGUACCCAUUAAUUUGAACUCUCGCCGAAACACAAAUGCAGCAUCCUCCGAAUCUCUUCUCCACUCGAGUCACCUGCCGGCUCUUACCCCGCUUAAUUUAAAUAUCUCUGAAAUACAUUCAAGUAGGCAGCAAACAUCAGGGUUAUCCAUAAUGGAGGAAUCCGAACUGUUGUCUCGCAGAAGGCUGCUAGAAAACUUCCAGCCCUCUGCCGGCGGACUUCGUCAUCACAUUCCAGGUUUGAACUCCAACCUUCCUCAGGUGAACCUACAACACCAGCUGCACCACAACGGGUUGUCGCUGAGUCGCUCCGAAGCGGAACAAGAGUUGCUGGAAAUGAACCGGACUAGCAUUCAGCGUGAAAUGAUUGCGAACAAUGGUGUGAACCACGUGCAUCACCCUUCGCAUACUGGUUCUGAACAUGUGAGUGCGGUUCACGAGUUCUCGACUUCGUUGAACCACUUGUACACACAUCAGCCACCUCUGAUGACUUCGGUGGCUGCUGCGAUUGCACAUUCUUCCACGGUUGGCGUGCCUGCGUUCCCGGGCAACCCGUACAUGCACCGUAACACGGGAUACAAGUACAAUCGAGGUAACACAAAUUUGUAAAUAAACCUCCAAGUGCUAAUUAUUUAAUAGUGGAAAAGAUAUUUUUCAAUUCCAAUGAGAGUAUUUUUUGAACUAUGUAGAUAGGUAAAUAUACAUUUAAAAAGAAUUGACCUGAAGCUUUCAAAACUAGUUACUUACUGAAACUAUAAUGAGUGGGUCAUGUUAGCAACAUCAGGUGUAUUGUGCAUACUUUACUGGAUACAUGAUGACACCAUUCAACUUUCAAAAAACAAAUCUUCAUUGAACCAUUCAUUUUUGGCAAUGCAAAGAUGGUUCAAGGUUUUCAGUAUCACAACUGAAAGCCAUAAAAAUUUUUACUUAGACAUUCAAAGUUCUCUUGAUGGAUAUUUGGUGAAGAAGGAAUGUGUAGUAGGAACUUGGAAAACCAUGAUAAAUGGUUUUAGUGUGCAGUACAUGUUUUGAUGGUUUGAGUCGGGUAUAAAUGUAGGUUUCUUCCUUUCAGCCAUUACCUUAUGGUAGUUUGGAGCGCAUUAUGAUUUGGUCUGUGCUGCUUGCAACUAUAACAUCUCGAGUGUUGAGUUCCAUGUGGACCACAGAGUAGGUACAGUGUUUUACAGUAAAAUCUCAUUAAGUAUACUUGACAAUGAAUGGUUAAAAGGCACAAAUUGUGGCAGAGAUGUUAGUAAGCAUACUUAAUAACAAGAAAGUACUUUAGAGUGAAGUAUUUUGUAAUGAGGUUUUACUGUAGUUUGUUUACAGUUCCUGGAACAUAUUUGAAAGCCCUGAAAACAACAAGAAAUAAAUUUUAAUCAGUUAAAUUAGAUUCUGUUACUAGUAUAAUUUUUUUUGAAAUGUUGAUUUUUAAUUGUUACGGUUGGUAUGAAUGGAUUGUAUCAGUGAUGGCUCUUGCUGAGGAGAUUAAAAACAUGCUGGAAAAACAUGA